AUGUCAAACGAACCAACGGUUGUUGAGGAUUAUACCAAUUUUACUGUUCAGCAGUGGAGAGACUAUUUCAGGGAUCGGUUUAACAUCACCGAACUGCUAUACACAGCCGAUGAUCUAGCUGUUCCUGUUACAGAACAGAUCUUUUUGAUGGUCGUAUUCGUUAUAAGUAUGACGUUGGCGGUAGUCGGAAAUGUAUUGGUGAUAUGUGUUUUAACGUUCGGAACGCGCGGCUGGACAGAAUUGAAUAUCUUUCUGAUUAAUCUGUCUCUAGCUGAUUUGACGAUGGCUAUCUUCUGCAUGCCAUUCACCUUCCCCACGAUUAUGAAGGGUCACUGGAUAUUCGGUGAUGUGAUGUGCCCAGUAGUAUUGUCACUACAGCAGGUAUCUAUAUGCGUCAGUAUCUACACAUUGACGGCUAUGAGUGUAGAUCGAUACUAUGCUGUUCUAUAUCCUUUCAAAUUGAGAGUAACGAAGAACCGGGCAAAAUAUGUCGUGUGUCUAGUCUGGUUGGUAUCGAUAUCCCUCUCUCUGAUCCCUCUCAUAACAGCACGCUCCAGAAGUUACGAUCUCAACGACUUCGUGGACGCCCCAGGGGACAUUGUUUAUUUUUGCAGUGAGAGGAUAGAGCACACCGCAGCUACGGCUUACGAAUUAGUCAUACUGAUAAUCACGUACGUGAUACCGCUGUCCAUAAUCUCAUACACGUAUUAUCGUAUUGGUAGACGACUGUGGGGAAGAAGUUUACCUGGGGUUGCUGAUCGUAAGAGGGACUUAUCGCAAAUGCGGUCUAAGAAGAAGACGAUAAAGAUGUUGGUGGUGAUUGUAGUAAUGUUUGCUAUUUGCUGGUUCCCGUUGCACGUGUUCAACAUAGUCAAUGAUAUUGUUCCAGAUUUGUACGAUGAGGUAGCUACUCAGGACAUAAUGAGAAUAACCCAGAUGUGUUGUUUACUGUUAGCCACGGCAAACAGUUUCAUGAAUCCAUUUAUAUAUGGUUUCCUGAAUGAAACUUUUCGUAAAGAUUUGAAACAUUUUGUCAUGUGCCGACUUCGCCAAAACCGACGGCAAUCCAUAGUAAGCCUGGCGACAAAGACGACAAGAAAAAGCAGUAAUUCAAGCGGAAAGUUACCGUUAGGUGUAACCAAUGCACCAAUAGAAGUAGUUGCGGUGGAUCGUAUAUGA